AUGCGUCUUUUUUACCGGCCGCUUCUGGACAAGACGUUCAGGCAUCUGUCGUGUCGACCAGUUGCCAGGGUUUUGGCCCAAAGGCUUUUAAAUUCUCCUGUCAACGCCCCUGUGAUGUCGCAGCGGGAAGCGUUGGUGGCAAGACUGAGCGACGAGGUGUUUUCAAAGGGCAAUGUGCACCUCAAGAACGUGAAUACACUUUCCGCCUUGCCGGAGGGACUGCAUUCAUUUCCGGAGGUGUGCUUCAUCGGCAAACCCAACGUUGGCAAAUCAUCGAUCAUAUCGUGCCUGUUGCACAACCGCCGAUUGGGACGUUCUGGAAGCACACGGGGAACCACGCGAAUUCUUCAGUUCUUCAAUGUGGGGGAUGCCAUGUUACUUGUAGACACCCCCGGUUAUGGCGGUUGGAUGGGACGCCAACUCUCGCAAAACUUAGCUGAACGUGCAAGUGCAUUUGCCAUUCUAUUUCGUUAUUUAGCGCUUCGCAAACAAGGCCCACUUAAGCGGGUUUAUUGGGUGAUGGAGGCCAGGAAGCCCAUUCAACCCCGAGACGAGGAAAUCUUUGCCUUUUUGCGGGAACAGCAGAUAAAUUUUUCGGUUAUAUUAAAUAAAAUUGAUCGAUUCAAGGGCGAUAAGGUGGCUCUUCAGAAACAGGUGAAUGAUGUCUGGGACUUUUUGGGUAGCAAUCAGGUUCCUGUCCUGGGCAUAAGGGCCAACCCCAAGUAUCCAGAGAGGUGCUUGAACAUCCGAGCCUUGCAACACGACAUCACGUACUACUGCACACAGGAGCUGGUGCGUGCAGAGGACUUGACAUACAAAGGAAUCAGGGAGUUGAGUUACGCGCCUCCCUCUCUGGAGGAGUUGACCGCGGUGGAGCAACGCUACCCAGUAGAAUCCUUCAUUUUGCCCCAAGAGGACAACUUGUCGUUGGAGCGUUUUGUCUUGAUGCAUGAGGAAGCUAAAGCCAAGUGGUUGGCGACAUCACCGAAGGCGGCGCUGUUGUCGGCCAAAGAAAAGGUUGCAAAUCAUCUCGUGGAGAGUUCUGACAAGAGAUACAAGGACGGCGGAAGCAGCAACGAAAAAAAUAAAAACCAUAACACCGUAGCUUUACCAACAUCGUGUUUGGCUGUCGAAGAAGGUUCAGGGCCGCAAAACGUAUUUAACUCAACUACAGCAAAAGAGAGCACUUCUUCUUCUUUCUUUGAGCAGGCGGAGACGCCUAGAAGAUUCUGCGUCCGGGCAUCACUCCGCUCCACGCGACAGCAUCAACCUGAGGAAGACGUCUUUUGGACAAAGAGGGACGCGUCAACACCCGAGGCGUAUGCCAAAUCCGUUUCAUCACGGGUUGCUCAUGAGUCACCGCCAUCUGUUUUCUCCAACAAGAAGCCUCCGCUCCCAUUCUCUGCGCCGCUGUUACCACAGCUUCCCACAAGUUUGGACAAGGAAACGCACACUGUGCGGGCUAUCAACGGUGUGCCUAUAGAAAAAAGUAUGAUUACGACGUCAGUAGCACAGCUUCCCCUGCAUCAGGAAGGCUCGUUCGAGCACUUUGCACAGCAUUCAACUUCAGGUGAUUACGACCGUCUUUUGUCAGCUGAGCUAGCUGGACAACAUACAUUUCUCGAAGAGGGAGAGCACGCAAGCCUCUCGGAAGGCGAAACAUUAUCGCUCCAGCGGUCCUUGAGGAAAAGUGCUCGACGGAAGCAGUUGGAUCGCAUCCUAGAAAAGUACGUCUCGCGAGUCCGCAAGCAGCGUUCACUCUAUAUGCAAGCGGAGGGUUAUAUGUGUCCUUGGCUGGCGGGCGCAGGGCAGCCGUCGCGUGUUGCGGUUGUGGGUUUUGCGCACGGCUAUUCUUUCAUGGGUGGAGGCGGCACGCUGAUGAAGGGGCUUAAGCGCACGGGAUUUGGCGGUAAAAGCUUCUCUGCGCACACCAUGAAGAAUCGUGGGCGGGCAACAAAGAAGACCGGAUACUGGGCGACGUAG